CGCACGAACUCGAUGGACAAAAAUGGUCAUAUUGCUACCAAAAUCUUUCUCCCCGUCGUUGAGCCUCAGCAUGAGCGCCCCGACCCCGGCGGCCACCCUCCGCCACUGGAACCGCCUGAUCCAGCUGGCCGCCGCGUCCGGCUCCUACACCCUCUGCCUCCGGCACUACGCCUCGCUCCUCGCCGCGGGCCUCCGCGGCGGCGACGCCUCCACCUUCCCUUCCCUCGCCAAGUCCUGCGCCGCGCUCCGCCUCCCGCGCCUCGGCCGCUCCAUCCACGCGCACGCCCUCCUCGCCGGCGCCGUCGGCGACGUCUUCGUCCGCACCUCGCUGCUCGACUUCUACGCCAAGUGCGCGUUCCUCCCCGACGCGCGCCGCCUGUUCGACGAAAUGCCCACCACCAGCCGGACCCUCGUGUCCUGGAACUGCAUGGUCACCGCGUACAGCAAGGCUUCUCGUCUCGACAAGGCCGUCGCCAUGUUCAACGCGAUGCGGGGCCUAGGGGUGAGCCCCAGCGGGGGCACGCUCGUCGGCAUGCUGUCGGGGUGCCUGGACUCAAUGGCCACGAGAAACCUUGGCCUGUGCGUGUAUGGAUAUAGCCUCAAGUCUGGGCUCGACGCGGAUUUGCCAGUCUCCAACUCAGUGCUCACCAUGCUUGUCCGUCAUGGCCAGCUGCAUGCCGCGUCUUUCUUGUUUGACUCUAUGCACGACAAGACUGUAGUUUCUUGGAGCGCAAUGGCGUCGGGGUUCUUGCAGACGGGCGACUUUAACAAAGUGUUUGCUCUGCUCAACCGCAUGCAGGGUGCUGGGCACAGAUUUGAUUUGAUCGCGCUGGUUAAUCUCGUCUCAGCUGCUGCUCUGUUAGGGAAUCUGUUGGUGGCCAAGGGCGUGCAUGCUCUUCUCAUCAAGAGCGGUUUUGAAUCCGAGCAAGAUCUUGUGCCAUCAUUGGUUAACUUAUAUGCCAAGUGUGGGGAUCUUGAGACUGCUCAGGAGGUCUUCGAUGCAGUUCACUGCAAGAAUGUAGUGCUUUGGACUUCAAUGAUACAUGGAUAUGUUGAAGGUAGCCGCCCAGACAAGGCCUUGACAAUGUUUGAUAGCAUGUUGCGCACGGAUGUGCAGCCAAAUGUGACAACAGUUUCAUCAGUUCUUUCUGCCUGUGCUGAUUUGGGGUCUGCUAAUCAUGCGAGAAAGGUUGAGGAGCAUGUGGUGGCAAUCGGACUGCAGUCACACCUGCGGGUCGCUACCGGACUGAUAGACGCAUACUGCAAGUGUGGGAGCGUUGAGCUGGCUAGGAAAAUAUUUGAUGCGGUUACCGAUAGAGACUUACCUAUCUGGAGUGCCAUGAUUAAUGGAUAUGCUUGCAACGGAGAAGGCAGUGAAGCUCUCAUCCUUUUCAGCGAGAUGCAAAAAGAAGGUGUUCAACCAGAUGACAUUGUCUUUACCCAUCUGUUAACAGCAUGCAAUUAUUCUGGUUUAAUAGAUGAAGGCCUUAGGUGUUUUCGCAGCAUGACAGAGGAAUAUGGUAUUGAACCAUCUAUUGAGCACUAUAUGUGCAUAACUGAUUUGCUAUGUAAGUCUGGUCAAAUUAGUAUAGCUAAGGAGUUCUUUAAGAAGAUCCCUGUUCAGUUACAGAAUCAGGUUUUGGCUCCUAUAGUAAGUGCAUACAGUUCUCAUUGUGCCGAUUCUUCGAUGGAUUCAGUAUCAGAGGAAUUACUUAACCUGGACCCUCAAGAUUCUGGUCACUGUGUCUUAGUGUCUAAUAUGCUCAGUUGUUUGGGGAAUUGGAAGAAGGCGACAACCUAUAGGACGCUACUAAACAAGAAAGGUUUGGUCAAGGAACCUGGAAGGAGUUGUAUUGAACUGAGUGCUUAACCAUGCUGCGAACACUUGAUUCACAUACUUUCGAUCCUAACAGAUGUCAUUUGCUCUUUCAAGGUGAGCAGUUGGCACUCUCUGAACAAGCUUGAUUAUGAUGGAAAAUAAUUUCAUGAUCUCAAGUUUGUCUGUAUUGUGGAGACUAUAUACUUGGAUCGAAUAUGAUUAAAUAUGAUGUUUGGAGGUACUUUGGGUCCAGUUCACUGAUUUGGGGUAACAAGAAAUGUGGCAUCAAACCAGGAAAUAUUACGUUGAGGGCUUGAGGCCUCAUGGGGGUCAGCUUCCCAGCCAGUGGCCGAGCCAGACCACCGCACCUAUGGAACCCGAACAGCGAACAAGCCUAAACUGUUCAUCUCUAGCCCCUGUGAUGGGACUGUUGCUUAUUAGAUGUUCACCAGACGAACCUGGGCUGGAGGUUAGUGUUUAUAAUCUUACAAACAAAGAAAGAUGGGAAUGCAGCCAUUAACGUCUUCAUCAUAGCAUCAUGGAAUUUAACUAGAGAUGGAGCAUAUGGACUAUAGCACUGUCUUAGUGUCUUGCUUCCAUACGAGUUGAAUUGAAGUUACAAUUUGCUUCAAUUUUGCAUUUGAUAAUAUGUAGAUGAUGUAUAUAUCAAAAAAUUAUAUUUACUAAGGGCUCUAUGAUUAAGAUUAUUACUUCUGUCCAUAUAGAAAUAUUUUGAAUUAGCUUCUAGUGAGAAACAUGGUAACAUGUGUAGGUUUGAAUUUACGGAAACAUUUACAGCAAAAUAUGACUGUUCAUGACUA